AUGCAUUUUGCGCCAUUACUACUCGCGGUCCUCUGCGUCGUGCUCCCAAGUGCCGCCGAUCACGAUAAAGCGGCUCAGCUGGGCUUCGAGCUCGAGAGUCCAAGUGUCAUUCUCACCAACUUCGAUUGCAAUGAAGAAGACACAUUUCCUCUCAAAGGUCACGCCAUCAAGGACCACGCGAAGGACGGCUGGCAACUCGGUGUUGAUACAACUCCGGCCCAAGCGGGCAUGCUACAGUUGGAGUAUGAUCUCCGUGUGCUACUAGCUAAUAGCAAGCUGGGGGAUACCUUGGAACAGGUCCUUAACGACAUGUCGGACAUCCAAGACAACAAGAUCUUCAAAGUCAGCGAAUCAAAGUGUAACCCAUGGACGAAGGCAUUUGGCUCCGAUGACAGCGGUAGAUGGUCGUUUGAUGUCCAAGCUACGGGGCCAAUGAUGCUAGAGGGCAUCCAGGACGUAUUUGCAAGCACCGUAGGUUCGAAGGGAGGGGAACCCUUGCACCCUUUAGUGAUUAAAGACCCAGAAUGGCGUGGCGAAUUCCGCUCUGUAACCAAAGACUGGUUCCAAGCCCAGUAUUUCCAGCAAUUACCGAAUGGAGUACAAUGGGUCACUCAAGAUGUUUUGGGGUUCUUGUCAGCAGUUGUUUCAAACGCCAAGGCAGCGCAGAAGUUGGAGGGCCCUGCAGAGAACCAGGGCCCGAAAGUGCUGGUCGGAAUCAUGCCACGGACUUACUGGACGACAAUUUACGAACAGGUCAAGGACAAGUUUCCCGCGAAGCUUUGGGAUAUUGUUAACCACCUUGCAUGCUACAAGCUUAAUGACGGUGGAAACCAAGUCGAGCUAGAUCACAAUUAUUGCGAUGGUACGAUCAAAAAGCCACAGAUAAAGGGGACGUUGGCGAAACAAGGCUGGGUCGAUUCUCUCGCAGUGGAGAAUAAGCAACUACUAGUCAAGGACUGGAUCGAGAGCAUGGAAGCGGGUACGAAGCCAGAUGCGCUCACGAAAUUUGACGAAGAAAACUUCGGUGGACAGAUUGGCGGGUUCAAGAAUCGCAUGGAAUACGUGCUGGAUACAGCGCGAGAGGUGCCCAUAUGGGAGUUUAGAGCCCUGGGCUGGUACAAACAAGCGGAUUUACGGAAGAAGCUGGACUCCAUUGAGGAGUCGUUCAUCACGCUGCACCGGAAGUAUCCUGAGAAACCGUAG